AUGUCGAAGAAGACCGCAGUGGGCAUCGAUUUGGGCACCACUUACUCCUGCGUCGGAGUGUGGAAGAAUGAUGGCGUCGAGAUUAUCGCUAACGAUCAGGGGAAUCGCACGACUCCGUCAUACGUCGCCUUCACAGACUCCGAGCGCCUGAUCGGGGACGCGGCCAAGAACCAGGUGGCCCGCAACCCAGAGAACACGUGCAACGAUGCCGUCGUGACUGUCCCAGCCUAUUUCAACGACUCCCAGCGCCAAGCUACGAAGGAUGCUGGGACUAUCUCUGGUAUGAACGUCCUUCGAAUUAUCAACGAGCCCACCGCGGCGGCGAUCGCGUACGGCCUGGACAAGAAGGGCAGCGGCGAGAAGAACAUCCUUAUCUACGACAUGGGUGGAGGCACCUUCGACGUGUCUCUGCUGACAAUCGAGGACGGUAUCUUCGAGGUGAAGGCCACAGCUGGAGACACACACUUGGGGGGCGAAGAUUUUGACAACCGCAUCGUGGACUUCUGCAUGCAGGACUUCAAGCGCAAGAACAGGGGCAAGGACCUCGCAGGCAACAAUCGCGCUAUCCGCCGCUUGCGGACACAGUGCGAGCGCGCCAAGAGGACCCUUUCCUCGUCCACGCAGGCCACGAUCGAGAUUGACUCGCUCUUCGAUGGUAUCGACUUCUCCUGCUCGCUGUCCCGCGCCCGAUUUGAGGAGCUCAACAUGGAUUACUUCCGCAAUUCCAUGGGCCCCGUCGAGAAGUGCUUGCGCGACAGCGGCAUCGAUAAGCGGAACGUGCACGAGGUCGUUUUGGUUGGUGGUUCCACCCGCAUUCCAAAGGUGCAGGCCAUGAUCCAGGAGUUCUUCAACGGCAAGGAGCCUAACAGGUCUAUCAACCCAGAUGAGGCCGUGGCAUUCGGCGCCGCUGUGCAAGCUGCCAUCCUCACGGGCGAGGGCUCCUCGCAAGUUCAGGAUCUUCUGUUGCUCGACGUGACUCCGCUGUCGAUGGGCCUGGAGACCGCCGGCGGUGUGAUGACCAAGCUGAUCGAGCGGAACACCACGAUCCCCACCAAGAAGGGCCAAACGUUCACCACCUACGCCGAUAAUCAGCCGGGGGUGCUCAUCCAGGUGUUCGAGGGCGAGCGCGCAAUGACCAAGGACAACAACCUGCUGGGCAAGUUCCACCUCGAUGGCAUCCCGCCCGCCCCACGCGGCGUGCCGCAGAUCGAGGUGACGUUCGACAUCGACGCGAACGGCAUCUUGAACGUGAGCGCGCAGGACAAGUCCACUGGUAAGUCGAACCAGAUUACCAUCACGAACGAGAAGGGGCGGCUGUCCCAGGCGGAGAUCGACCGGAUGGUGCAGGAGGCGGAGAAGUAUCGCGCCGAGGACGAGACGGCCAAGCUCAAGAUCGAGGCGAAGAACGGGCUCGAGAAUUAUUGCUUCACCAUGCGCAACACCCUGCAGGAGGAGAAGCUCAAGGAGAAGUUUGAGGACGGAGACAAGGAGAAGAUCGAGAAGGCGGUGCAGGAUGCCCUUGACUGGCUUGACAAGAACCAGCUGGCCGAGAAGGAUGAGUUCGAGGCUAAGCAGAAGGAGCUGGAGGGCAUCGUCAACCCCAUCAUGAUGAAGGUGUACCAGGCCGCCGGCGGCGGCGAAAUGCCGGAGGGUGGCAUGCCGGGCGGCGGUGGGAAUGCACCCGGCGGCGGUGCGGGGCCCACCGUGGAGGAGGUGGACUAGCUAGCCCGUCCGUGCACCGCCCAUUUUCGACGCAGGUGGGGGGAGGAGGAUAUUUCCGUGCGGAGGUGGUGGGGCGGAGGGGGAGAAGGCUGAGGACGGCGUGCCUUGGCGCAGGCGCGGCGCGAGCGCCCACCCCGGUCUUCGAGCGCAGACUGGGAUGCGCCGUGCAUCUUUUUGGUCGACCUGCUUGGCGCCUUCGGCUGCGGAGCAGGGUCGACCCCGCCUCGGCCGCGAGCUGCCAGUUGGCCUUCCGACCGGCCAGCAGGGCUCGGCGCGUGUGCGGGGGGCCGCGGGCCACAGACUCGCAGACCGCAGGCUUCGCCCUGCGGUGGCGCGAGCGUUGCCGGGGAGAGAUCGCAACAAGUUUAUACACAUCACUUGUCGCCAUCACCUGCGCGUGGCGCAGAUAUCAACAAUGUGCCGAACCUAUUGAGGCGCCUCCCUUGGACCUGGCAAGAUGACCAUUGACGAGACUCGGUUACCGAAGACGCCCGCGGGGAGUCACCGCCACC